AUAUAAAAAGAGAGUGAAUCGACUCCCCUUCUAAAGCUGUGUGAAACACUGGAUGCUGUUUGCAUUAACACCUUGUGGCUCAAUAACAUGCUCAGAUCCCUCUACGAAAACAGUAAAGUGGUUUGACAAACAUCGCAGUGGUAUCUUAACUGCAUCACAGUUGACACCAAGUGUAUAUUAGGUCCCCGUUAGAUACUCAUCAGAUUCAGGAGGAUAAUGGAGCCCCCAAGCCAAGUCAACAUUAUUGGAUCCAUCAAAGAAAUAGCGUGGUGCCUUGACAUACGACUUUUGUUUGUUUCGUGACAGAACUCCUAACUCAAACAACCAACCAGUUUAUCAUAAUAAAUCAAAAUCUAUUUUCAUCAUUUGUGGAUUCAUUUUUUAUUUUUGAAGAUGACAAUAAAUUCCUUGACAUUGCCUCGCUUACUUAUCGUGACGGCAAUCAGCGCUAAUGCAUCCAUUUCCAAUUACAGUUAUAUUCAAAAAGCCUUGCCAAAAAGCAUCCUUCCCGUAAUUACACUGAGACCACAUCCUUUGAAAACACACACUCACACACACACGGAGUUCUAACUACUACUGCAGAAAACAGCGUCACUCCCCUCAAUCACUGAACUGCAUUCACAGACUAGAAGAGAGGGAGAGAGAGCUGCUGAGUCUGAACAGGCGGCAUUUGGCAUCUUCAUCUCAGGGUGAACACGAUGGAUGGUAGUAAAGUGGAGGCCAGAAGUUUUCUCAGUUUCCAUCCAUAGGGGUUAAUCAUGUCUUCCCAUCCGGGAGUGAAGGUACGAGAGAAUCUGGACACGGUGUACGUCUCGGUGGAGGCGGCCAUCGCCCUCGCGUCAGUGGUGGGCAACGUGCUGGUAGUGCUGGUGGUGUGCGUGAACCGCGCCUUGCGGAACACCACUUUUUGCUUCAUUGUGUCCCUGGCGGUGGCCGACAUUGCUGUGGGUGUUUUGGUGAUUCCGCUAGCCGUCACCAUCAGCUUGGGGAUCAGUACACAAUUCUACACGUGCCUGUUCCUGUCCUGUCUGCUGGUGAUCAUCACUCAGGGUUCCAUUUUGUCACUGCUCGCCAUUGCUGUUGACCGAUACUUGAGGGUCAAGAUACCCACCAGGUACAGCACCAUCGUGACGCAGAGGCGUGCGUACGUGGCCGUUUGCUUGUGCUGGGUGGUCUCCUUUCUGGUGGGCCUGGUGCCAAUGGUGGGCUGGAACAACCGCCAAGUUCUGGGCAACCUGAGCAACUCCGACUACAUGGUGUGCCAAUUUACUGCUGUCAUGCGAAUGGACUACAUGGUCUACUUCAACUUUUUUGGUUGGGUGGUAGCACCCCUAGCUGUCAUGAUCGCGUUGUAUGCCGAGAUCUUCCGUGUCAUCCGCCGGCAGCUCAACCGGCGGGCCGAAGCCACGUCAGAUGGCGACCGCUACUACCGGAAAGAGCUCAAGCUAGCCAAGUCGCUGGCGUUGGUGGUGUUGCUAUUCGCCGUGUGCUGGCUGCCGCUUCACAUCGUCAACUGUGUCGACUUUUUCCACCCUGGUCGCCCCACGCCAAAGAUGGCCGUGUACACCGGAAUUUUUAUGUCGCACGUCAACUCUGCUCUCAACCCGCUUGUGUAUGCCUUUCGGAUUAAGCGAUUUCGGGUCACGCUAGUGGAGGUAGCGCGGGGAUGCUUGGCGUGCCGUGGAUGCGCGGUGGCCAGCCCGUAUCCGGGUUGCCCACCACCAGCGCUAGCUGAAAAAGCUGAUGCAGGCUUGACGCAAGGUCGUGGAGAAGAAGUUAAAUGAGACGCUAGUAUCUUAGAACCCGUUGAGAGCUGUUUCUGAAACUGAGUAUGUGAGCCCUUGCUUGGGGGUCUUCAAAAUACAGUGAUGCCUUGACAUACUACGAGUAACCCAAAUCUGAGAUACAAGCUAAGACGAUUUUGCUUUGACUUGUGAGUAAAAAUUUAAAUACAAGCGCAAACAGAUGUGCAUUAACACAUGUACGAGACAAAUUAACAACAAUAAUGAAUAUUUUAUGUUACCCAUCCUCUGUGGAAAACGACAAAUACUGAAUUAAAACAUGGUGUUUCCACUCCUUCUAUUGGAGAAACCAGAUUUGAUAUAGAAAUGUUAUAAUGGUUGGUCACAGAGUAGAUUUAGUCUAGACACCACUGGAAUUUUCAAUACGUAAUGAUGUCAUUUCAUGUAAAAUAUAAAAACCACAAAAACAAAGCUAAAAAAGAAGAAAAAAAAUCAAGAAAUGAGGAAUACAUUAAUGAUACAAAGGCCUUACAAAAAAAAAAAAAUUGAACACAUUUCUAUUUGUUAUUUUAAGCCAAACCCGAUUCACAAUAACUCUGAGCCAGUUAAAGGCUCUAUUAUGACUUUGACAUCAGGCAUAUGUGGUAUAGUUUAUGGAAAACAGCGAAAAAGGCACUUUUUGUGUUUUAACUAAGUUCAACAGUUGUCAGGCAGACACUCUCAGUUGCUCCCCAAUCAUCCACCAUUCCCAUCAUCUGUAUGGUCAUUAUUUUAAAGGAUUUUUCUUUACUUGAUUCACAUUGAAUUGCAAAACUUGCAGAACAUGUGCACUCUUAUUACAUUCCAUAUGGGGAAUAAAAUGUUACUGAAAUAAAGAAAAUGUUGCAUUACCAUCACUCUGUUGUAUCAUUUCAGAGAAAUAUGAGCUUGGGUGACAGAAUUCGGUAUUUUAAUGCAUGUUAACUCUUUCACUGGCAGCCUCUGUGAUGCACAGUAUGUGUCUUGGUAGUUAGUAAAAGUAGAAGAAUAUGCACAGUACAGGUCAAAAGUUUGGACACACCUCAUUCAACGUAACACAAAUGAAGGUCCCAAUUUUGAUAAAGUGAUAAAUUCCACUAAUCAACCCUGAAAAGGCAUACCUGUGUCAAAAACCAU